CGGAAGCACUCUUCAUCCUACCGGAAGUACGUUUGUUGUGGGAGAGGGGACGACGCGGAAGUGCAGAUUGGAAGGGAACGAUGGGUUGCGACGGGGGGACCAUCCCCAAGAGACACGAAUUAGUGAAAGGGCCUCGUAAGGUCGAGAAGGUUGACAAAAAUGCAGAAUUAGUGGCACAGUGGUACUACUGCACACUGAGUCAAGAAGAGCUAAGGAGACCAAUUGUAGCCUGUGAGUUGGGCAGGCUGUAUAACAAAGAUGCUAUCAUUGAAUUUUUACUGGAUAAGUCGUCUGAUAAAUCCCUUGUGCAGGCUGCAUCAUAUAUCAGGAGCAUUAAGAAUGUAACAGAACUGAACCUUGCAGAUAAUCCAGCUUGGAAAGGUGAUAAAGGGAACACAAAAGGUGAUAAAUAUGACGACAUCCAGUGUGCACGCUUUAUUUGCCCUGUGGUGGGCUUGGAAAUGAAUGGAAGGCAUCGGUUUUGUUUUUUGCGGAAUUGUGGCUGUGUGUUCUCUGAACGUGCUCUUAAAGAAAUUAAAACAGAAGUUUGUCAUCGGUGUGGUGUUUCCUUUCAAGAAGAAGAUGUGAUUAUACUUAAUGGUAAUAAAGAAGAUGUGGAAGUGCUGAAGAAAAGAAUGGAGGAGAGAAGGCUUAAGAGUAAAGUGGGAAAGAAAUCAAAGAAAUGUAAGGCAGCAGAAUCGGUCUCUCAACAAGACCCCCCUGAAGAUUCUCCAGGACCAUCAGAAGUAAAGAGUGCAAAAGAUGACAUGAACACUAAUUCUGGAGAAAGGAAACAGAUUGUCUUCACAAAGAGUACAGAAGCUAAUGGAAGCUCUUCUGCAUCAGGAAAAAUCAGUAAAGCUUCAUCUGGCACCACCAAGAGAUCCAUUGGCGACAGUCAGGAGAAAUCAGAGGCAUACAAGUCUAUUUUUACAUCACACAGCUCAGCAAAACGCUCGAAGGAAGAGUCUUCCAAUUGGAUUACUCACACGGCAUACUAUUUCUGAAACAAUUGUGUGCAUGAUUGUAACAGUCAUUCUUCCCCGAGGCUUUUUCUGUGUAACUCUGUUACAGGGUGUUCAUUGUAAUCUGAUGUUAUCUGGUAUUAUUCAGUUUGCAAGUUGUUUAUAAACUUUUGAAUAACCAGUGUACUUAAGUUGUUUGCAGCUACUGUUAAAUAAGAAAUAGAUGGCUAAAAUCCAUGUCUGGUAAUGUGACUUAUUUUAAAAGAUUAUUUACAAAAAGUAUAAUUCUUUAGGGUCAGAUUCUGCCAUCCUUAGUUACACCGAGUAGUAUUUUACUCUUGGUUGCAGUUCCAGUUAGGAUUGCAGAAUCUGCUUACUAGUAAAUAUAUCCUUCUAUGCUUUUAAUGAUUACCUACACAAUUUUAGCUGCAAUUGUAAUUGAACUUCUCUUUGUGUUAAAGUCUGAAUUUCAUUUUUGUAACUUUCUGACACUGCUUGCUAACAAUAAAACCCCCCACAAUAUUUCCUUUCUUACAUUAACUAAUUUGACUCUAGUCAAAACCAGUACACGUCUCUCUUAAAGGUGCUGGAGGUUGCUUUGAAUUAAUGCAUGUCAGGAUGGAGUCAUUUGGAAAGCUCAGUGUGAUCUCAGAAAUAAAGUAAAAACUUUUACAAUCGUCUCCUGUUCCAUUUCAAAGGAGAAUGGCAGUGGGGGAAAUGUUUUGCUAUUUACUGCUAAAUUAUUUUUAAAGAAGGCCCCAAAAUCGUUGUGUUUGUGCCCCCCAAAAGUGUUCUAGCUUUUUUCCCUUUUGCAUUAGAAAUACCAAGACUGGGCUCCCAUCUUUUUGUUGGAGAACUAUGUGGGAUAAUGGCUUCACACUAAGCUGAAACGUGAGCUGGAGCUUUCUUCCUCUCAACUGAAGUAGCAGAGGCUGGUUUUUGUACACCAUUAAGCAGCAAUUUGCCUUUAAUUAAAACAAACUGAUGGAUACGGAUCUUUUUACCUCAACUGCAAAAUAUGAACACACUUAUUACCGUAACUUUGGAUGUUUUGAGAAUUUGGAGAAGCAUUUCGUUCAUCUGGUUAAAGCUGUUUUAUGAGCUUAGCACAUUAAAAUGAACAUCAGUGUGUUUAAACACACAUUAAAAGAUUGGUGAUUCAGACUCAAGGGUUUGUGUGGAAGAGAGAAGAAUUCUACAGAGGACUCCUUGGAGAAAUCAAGAUCAAACUCAGUUUUUU